AUGUGGCUUCAAAUUAACUUUCCUGUCAAACACGAGCUUCAACACAUCUCUGACCUCUACACGACUCUGCGCACUUUACGCACACACUUGCCCCGCCCCCGCAAGGGCAUCGAGCCGGUGCUGAUACCCAACACCAUGGCCGACGCUGCCACACCGCCGUUCUCGCUGACGCGCCCCUCGCAGUAUGAUCUCAGCACCUACCUGGGACGAGUCAAGCAGUUUUAUCGCUUGACGGACCCUCGGACCCUUCUGGCCACGGACACCGAGUUUGAGCAAGCCAAGUCAUGGAUGGAUCGCUUUCGUGCGGGCGACCGACCAGCCGGCGUAUCAGAUGGUCAGCUCUGGCGAGCCCGCCAGCUUGUCGAAGCCACCGUGCAUCCCGACACGGGUGAAAAGGUCUUCCCCCUUUUCCGCUUCUCCGCCUUUGCCGUGGCCAACUUGCCCAUCUGCGCACUGCUGCUCUACCCGACCACCAACCCCCUCUUCAUCAUGGGUGCCCAGUGGGUCAAUCAGACCUACAACGUUGCAAUCAACUAUGCCAAUCGCAACGCCUCGAGCGAAAUGUCCAUGACCACGCUUGCAGGCGCUUACUCGGCAGCCGUGGCCAGCUCGUGCGCUCUGGCCUUGGGCACGCAGGCCGUGACGCGCCGUAUUUUCGCGGGCAAGCCCAUGACUGGCGCAACUCAAGCCAUUACUCGCUCCCUUGUUCCCUACAUUGCCGUUGUCGGUGCUGGUAUCGUCAACCUCGUCUGCAUUCGCCAAAAGGAGCUGUUCGAGGGCGUCACUGUCUUUGAUGGUGAGGGCCGCGAGCUCGGCAAGUCGGUCAAGGCUGGCGAGGAUGCAAUCUUCAAAUGCAGUAUUGCUCGUGCUUUGUACGUCCCAAAAGCCCCUUGCAACCCACCUACCCACGCUCGUGAAGUAUCAGAUCCGUAUCAGACAAACUCGCCUCUCACGCUUUUGGUAUCCCUGCUUCAACCCGGCUCCAUUCGAAGAUGGACCAUUCCCCUCGUCAUGCCACCCCUGAUCAUGGCCAAGCUGAGCCAGCUCUCUGGCCUGCGUGGCUCACCUCGUCUGCAAACGGUGACUGAGCUCGGUAUCCUGGGCCUCAUGACGUUGGUAUUUGUGCCGCCUGCCCUGGCUGUAUUCCCUCAACGCGACUCUCUACCAGUGGACAAAACUCUCUCAAAUCCUGUGGUUUUCUCCUUUAAGGAAACACUCCUUCUUUUUUUUUUCCUCUCUCUCUCUCUCUCUCUCUCUCUCUCUCUCUCUCUCUCUCUCUCUCUCUCUCUCUCUCUCUUUCUCUCUGCCCAAGCGGACCUGAGCGCGCUCGAGGCCCACUGUCGGCAAAAAAACAUGUCUGCGCUCUGGCUUGACGUCAAGCUGCAGCACGCUGCUCUGGUGGAAACGGCGGGCAAGCUAGGUUACGAGCUACAUCAUGCCCACCAUGGCACCAUCAUGCUGUACAAGUGGCUACGCGACGGCGAAUGUCUCAUCCCGCCCUUUGCAACACAUCAGGUUGGUGUGGCGGGCUUCUGCACCAAUGAGAAAAAUGAAGUGCUCGUGAUUAAGGAGCGUCACUCCUCAGUCAACGGGUACAAGCUGCCCGGUGGACUUGCCGACCCUGGUGAAAACAUUGACGCCGCAGCUUUGCGGGAGGUUCAGGAGGAGACGGGUGUUCAAGCCACCUUCCACUCCCUCCUUGCUUUUCGACAGCAACACGGCAUGCGCUUCGGCAUCUCGGAUCUCUAUUUUGUGUGCCGCUGCACCGCCGCCGAGGCCGUGAUAUCCCAUUGCCCAGUCGAGAUUGCGGAAGCCAAAUGGAUGAGCAUCGAUGACUACUGCCUUCAGACUUCCCACAUGAAUGCACUCAUUGCCCGUGCUGUGCAAGCGGAGCUGGAGGGCCACAACCCCAUCUCACGCGCAUGCGACAUUGCUCAGUUUGAACUGCCUUCCGUCGUGCGUCGCGAUCUGACCUAUCGCCUUUUCCUACCCGACACAGCUGCGCGUCACUUGCAGGUUGAUGACCCAUGGCAUGGCCAGCCCCAUGAGAAGAUUGAGCGGUUCUGAUCAUGAUGUGACAUCGCAGCAGCUGCCACAUAUACAUCCCCGUAAUUGAAGCAAAUUAAUG